CAUCGAAACGCGUGGAAUUCUGUGAGGAUGUUUCCCCCAGUUCGGCUGAUGCACGGUGACUGUGCUGCCAAAGCCUCCCGAUGAAUCUGGGAAUGCUAUAUUUUCCUUUCUCUGGUUUCUUUUGCAGAUUGUGCAGAAGAAGAUGUUCGGUCCCAUCUGGAAGAACAAGUUUGGCCCCAUCACUGUCGUCAAUGUGGCCACAGCUGAUUUGAUUGAGCAGGUUUUGCGGCAGGAGGGUAAAUACCCAGUGCGGGCCCAUAUGCCACACUGGAGGGAGUACAGAGAGUUGAGAGGGCAAGCUUAUGGACCGCUUUGUGAGUAUGGGGAGAAGUGGCAUCAAUUACGGAGCAUGUUGAAUCCCAAGAUGCUGAAGCCAAAAGAAGUGUCUAAUUAUUCUCCUGCCAUCAAUGAGGUGGUGACUGACUUUGUGAAGAAAGUUAAGUGGCUGAGAGAAAACCAGGGCAGAGGGGUGAUGCUGAAUGAUGUGUCCAGCGAGCUGUACAAAUUCGCAUUUGAAGCAAUCUGCACAAUACUGUUUGAAACGAGGAUGGGGUGCCUGGAAGAAAAGGUUCCCGAGGAAACGGAUAAAUUCAUCAAGGCCGUGUUUGAAAUGUUCCGCCUCUCCGCGAUUAUUGUCUUCUUUCCAAAAGCUUUGUGGCCCUAUAUACCGCAGUGGAAACGAUUUGUAGCAGCGUGGGACUACAUCUUUUACAUCACUGAGAAGCUUGUCAAUAAGAAGAUAAGGGAGAUCCAGGAGCACGUUGAGAAGGGCUGUGCAGUGGAAGGAGAGUACCUCACGUACCUACUGGCCAAUAUCAAGAUGACUCCUUUUGAUGUGUAUGGCAGUCUGUGUGAGCUCCUGUUAGCUGCAGUAGACACCACCUCCAACACGACCUCUUGGAUCCUGUACAAUCUGGCUCGGGAGCCGUCUAUUCAACAGCAGCUGUAUGAAGAAGUGACCAGUGUUUGUCCCGGGGACCAAAUCCCCGAAGCGAAAGAUUUUGCCAACAUGCCGUUCUUGAAGGCAGUGGCCAAAGAGACUCUCCGGAUGUAUCCAGUCGUUCCUGGCAAUGCUCGACUUGCCAUAGAGAAUGGAGUGGUGGCCGGAGGAUAUUACUUUGCUAAAAAUACGCUCUUCCACCUGUGUCACUAUGCCGUUUCUCAGGAAGACAGUGAGUUCACUGAGUCCAGGAGUUUUCAGCCAAACCGCUGGCUUCGCAUAAACAAAGAGGAGAAGAACAAGCACCAUCCCUUUGCCUCCAUCCCCUUUGGGUUUGGUACCCGUACCUGCCUGGGCAAGAGGGUGGCAGAGCUGGAGAUGUACAGUGUGAUCUCACAGUUAAUCAAACACUUCGAAGUCAGGCCAGACCCUUCAGGGAAAGUGGUGAUGGCGAAGACGAGGACUCUGCUUUGUCCUGGAAGUCCCAUCAACUUGCAGUUCAUCGACAGGAAGUGAUGGAGCGACUGCCUGAAAGACCAUGUUCCCUGUCACACUGCUCACUGUUAGGACAUGGGGCUGAACCCUUCUGUUAAUUAAGCCAAGCACCCAGAGAAGCUCACCUCGCCUUCUAACCUGUUAAAGUGUGAGUGACAGGGAACUCCCAAAUUCCACUGUUUAAAGACAAUAAUAUCAACUUAUUCUUUAACUCUAAAAGUGAACACUAAACAACAACUAUUCACAACUCUAAGCCCUCCUUUCUCUUAACCGCUUAUUACCUGCCUCCAAAUCUAUAACAAUAUACUGUUCCGAUAAAAAAAACACGCAUCAAAAUUACACCAACGUAAUUUCCAAACCAUACAGCGGCUGAGGUCUCCCGUGUCUUUCUUCUUUCGGCCGAGGUCUCCCUGGUUUGUCUUCUGUCUUUUUUACUGUGAAGAUGUUUCUUGUGAAAAGGUACAUAGAACAUAGAAUGUUACAGCGCAGUACAGUGCCUUUGACCCUUGAUGUUACACUGACCUUGACAGUAAUCUGAUGCCCAUCUAACCUUCACCAUUCCAUUAUUAUCCAUAUGUAUGUCCAAUGCCCAGUUAAAUGUCCUUAAUGUUGGCAAGUUGCAGGCAGGCCGUUCCACACCCUUACUACUCUCUGA